AUGUCUCGGAAGGAAUCUGCCAACUCCUGUCCCAACACGGAUAUGAGCCGGCCAAGUCAGAGCCAAUCAGGCCCCAAUCAAAUACUGCGAAUUAAUGGUACCGAUGGAAUCGACUGCUUGAACGACACCGACAAUUCGAAAGAAAUAGAGAUUCCCUCAAACAAUGGCCACCUGAAAAGCUACGGUAGUGGUAAUAGUGAUGAUGAGAUGUGGCCAACCCCACUGGAGGAAUGGGAUCUCACUGCUCGAAACCGGGCUAGGAAUAUAUUCAGUCCAUUAGUUCCUCAAACACAGCACUUAGCGCACACCUCUGGUAUCGGUGAUGAGGAGAGCCCCCAGUUCAAAUCUGGCUCUUGUCCACCAAAUAGCUCUCCAAUGACAGAGUAUUAUGGUCGCCAUGGGAGUGAGUCACCCGUGAAGGAUGACCACUGGCAUGCAAAAAAUAGCUUUCAUCCUCGCCGAAAAGAUGACGACGAUUCUUCUGGAGGGUCUGAACGGCCAGGAGCUGUCAGAGGCUGGAGCCCUGAUGGUAAAGGAUCAGGCGGCAAUAGUCCAAAAUUGCACGAAGGUAGUGAGCCAUCAAUGGCGUCGUCGAAUUUAGCCACUCAGUACUCUGGCUCAAGUAAAGCGCUGAGCGGACUGUGUGGUUCUGCUGCUUGGUUCAUACCACAGAACGGCCGUUAUGAGCAGCUGCUACCUCGUUAUCAGUUGAUUCACACUUCCAACUGGUACAAAGCAGAAGGAAAGAUUCCAUGCGGGAUUAGCGAGCAUGCCAAAUUCCAUCAAGGUCGUUACAGGUGCUAUCAAGCCGGUUAA